AGUUCGGGGUUUACGUGACGAGAAGCGGAAUGGAAAAUGACCGAAUGGAAGGUCAAAGUGCAAUAAGGCCCAUUGGCGGGGGAGACGUGCCCCCCUCAAGGUCUCUUUCUCCUCGCCAUUGCAGCGACCGCUCUGACGUCACCGUGGCCUUCGUUCCCAAACUUGCGGCAUUUUGAAAAUGGGCCGCAGUUCUCCUCCAAGUCAAAGAUGGCGCUACAGUUGGUGUUGGCAAGGCCGCCGCAGGGUGGAGGUUCCUCAUUUCCGGGAGCAGGUUUUCUUUUCAUUUCCUUUCCAUAACCAGGAACAAAACAACAACAAUGGCGACCGUGGAGGGGUGUCAGCUUGAACAAAUGGACGAAAAUGACCAGAUGAUACGUUUUAAUGAUUCGAGAAGGCGGCGGCGGCGGCGUCGUCAUCGCAGCAUGUGACUAAAAUGGGCCAAUCACCAGACGUGAGCUCAAGAUGAGAAAAAUGGGCCACAUAAGGAAGGACCCGUGGAAGAAAGCAGCCUUAACCUACAUAUAUCGGGUCCAUUCUGGCGGCGGUGAACCCGUACCAGCCGCUGGCCGGCUUGUACGAGCGGGCCGCCGUGGACCUGUACAGCCGGCACCACCUGGGCCAGAUCCCGCCGCACAUCUUCGCCGUGGCCAACGAGUGCUACCGCGCGCUGUGGAGGAGGCCGCGCAACACCUGCGUGCUCAUCAGCGGCGAGAGCGGCGCCGGAAAGACCGAAAGCACCAAACUGAUCCUGAAGUUCCUGUCGGCCAUGAGCCAACAUUCUCUGGAAGUGUCGUCGUCUGCGGAAAGGACGUCCUCGCACGUGGAGGAGGCGCUACUUAAGAGCGGCCCCAUCAUGGAGGCGUUCGGUAACGCCAAGACGGUGCACAACAACAACUCCAGCCGCUUCGGGAAGUUCGUGCAGCUGCAUUUCAACCAGAAGGGAAACAUCCAGGGCGGGCGCAUCGUGGACUACCUCUUAGAGAAGAACCGAGUCGUCCGACAGAACGCAGGCGAGAGGAACUAUCACAUCUUCUACGCGCUGUUGGCUGGCAGCGACAACCAGCAGAGGGAGUUUUUGGGUCUGAGUCCGCCUUCCACUUUUAACUACUUGACCCGCUGCAGCGGCGCCACCGAUGACGACAAAUGCACUUUCCGAGACGUUCUGAACGCCAUGCGGACGAUGCAGUUCACAGAGGAGAACGUCGGCGAAAUCCUGCGCCUCCUGGCGGGAAUCCUGCACGCCGGCAACAUCGAGUUCGUGACGGCCGGCGGCGCGCAAAUCGCGUCCAAGUCCGCUCUGAGUCGGACGGCGGAGCUUCUAGGCCUCAACGCGGAGCAGCUGGCCGAGGUUCUGACCCACAGGUCCAUGAUCCUCAGGGGGGAGGAGAUCUCCACCCCGCUCACGGUGGAGCAGGCGGUGGACUCCAGAGACUCCAUGGCCAUGGCGCUCUAUUCGCAAUGUUUCAACUGGAUCAUCCGCCGAGUCAACGGUCGCAUCCGGGGGAAAGACGACUUCAAGUCCAUCAGCAUCCUGGACAUCUUUGGAUUUGAAAACUUUCAGGUCAACCACUUUGAGCAGUUCAACAUCAACUAUGCCAACGAGAAGCUUCAGGAAUAUUUCAACAAGCACAUUUUCUCGCUGGAGCAACUCGAGUACAACAAGGAAGGUCUGGCGUGGGCCGACGUCGACUGGACGGACAACGGCGAGUGUUUGGACCUGAUCGAGAAGAAACUGGGCCUGCUGGCGCUGAUGAACGAGGAGAGCCACUUCCCCAAAGCCAGCGACGGGACCCUGCUGGAGAAACUGCACAGUCAGCACUCGAAAAAUCCAUUUUACGUGAAGCCUCGCGUCGCUCUUCACUCCUUCGGAGUCAAACACUACGCAGGAGAGGUGGUGUACGACGUCCGGGGAACGCUGGAGAAGAACAGGGACACUUUCAGGGACGACGUGCUCAACGUGCUGCGGGACAGCAGGUUGGAUUUUGUCUACGAGCUUUUUGAGCACGUGCUGAGCCGCAACAAGCAGGACACGCUCAAGAGCAGCUGCAAGCACCGAAGACCCACGGUCAGCUCGCACUUUAAGGACUCGUUGCACUCUCUGAUGGCGACGCUGAGCACGUCCAACCCUUUCUUCAUACGAUGCAUCAAACCAAACACGCACAAGAUGCCCGAGCACUUUGACCCGGCCGUGGUUCUGAACCAGCUGAGGUAUUCCGGCAUGCUGGAGACGGUCAAGAUCCGACGCGCUGGCUUUCCCGUCCGGAGACCGUUCCAGGAGUUCUGCUGCCGAUACAAAGUUCUGAUGCGGGACAUGCUGACGCCGGACGAUGACAGGGGGCGCUGCGCGGAGCUGCUGCAACGCUUCGACAACGGCGCCACCAAGUGGCAGAUGGGGAAAACCAAGGUGUUCCUCAGGGAGUGUCUGGAGCAUCGUCUGGAGAAGCAGCGAGAGGCGGAGGUGCUGCGAGCCGCCACGAUCAUCCGGGCGCAUGUCAGCGGCUACGUUGCCAGGAAGCAGUACCGGAGGCUGCUGCGCUGCGUGCUGCUGGUCCAGAAGAACUUUCGCGCCUUCUACUGGCGCAGGAAGUUCCUGCUGCUGCGCCGGGCCACGCUAACGCUGCAGACGCGCCUGCGAGGGCAGUUAGCGCGCCGUGCGGUUGCGCGCAUGCUAGAUGACAGGAGGAGGGUGGAGGAGGAGGAGGAGGAGCAGCGGAGGAGGAGGAGGAGGAGGGACAGGGAGCGACGCCGGCAGGAGGAGGAACGCCUUGCUGAGGAGGUGGCCAGGAGGCACGAGGAGCAGCGUCGAGCCGAAGACCCGGCGCCUCUCUUCCCGGUUCGGGCCCCGCCGGCUCGAGACGACGAUUCGGCGCCACCCGACAGGUGGAAGACGUCAGCGCGGACCUCGGACGAGUUUUCGGGGACAUUCGAGGAGUCUUCGAGCACCUGGAAGGAGUUUUCGGCUCAAGAGGACGACGAAAGCCUCCGACCUCAAGAGGCGUCCCAGGUGGAGGAGAUCCUGCGUCUGGAGCGGGAGAUCCAGUCGCUUCAGUUGAAGAAGGAGCGCCAGGAGCUGUCCCUGACGGAGGCGUCGCUGCUCCGCCUGCGGGUGCUGCGCGACCAGGAGCUGGCGCGUCUGGAGGACGAGGCCUGCGAGGCGGCUCAGAACUUCCUGCGCUCGCUCAACUUCGACGAGAUCGACGAGUGCGUCAGGAACAUCGAGAGCUCGCUCGGCGUGGAGGUGGCCGACGCCGGGGAUGAAGAGGAAGCGGACGAGGGCUUCGGGGCGGACGACGAGGCCUUCAAGGACUCGCCCGACCCCAGCGAACACGGACACUCGGACGGCCAGCGCACCAGCGGCAUCCGGACCAGCGACGACUCCUCCGAGGAGGACCCGUACGCCAACGAAGCCGUCGUCCCCGUCCUGCCGUCGCCGGAGGAGGGGGCCCCGUGCGAGCUCAUCCCGCCGGACGAGGACUCGGACUACGACGGCGGCGCCGCGGGGUCCGGUGGCGCCGAGGCCGACUGCCGCGGCUCCGUGGGCACCUUCACCAGCUCCGGGGCGUACCGCCUGGGCUCAGAGGGGGCGCAGUCCUCGUUCGACGACAGCGACGACGACUUUGACAGAUUCGACACGGACGACGAGCUGUCGUACCGCCGCGAUUCCGUCUACAGCUGCGUCGCGCUGCCCUACUUCCACGGCUUCCUGCACAUCAAAGGCGGCCUGCUGAACUCGUGGAAGCGGCGCUGGUGCGUGCUGAAGGACGAGACCUUCCUGUGGUUCCGCGCCAAGCAGGACGCGCUGAAGCAGGGCUGGCUGCACAAGAAGGGCGGCGGCUCGUCCACGCUGUCGCGCAGGAACUGGAAACGCCGCUGGUUCGUCCUCCGCCACAGCAAACUGGCGUACUUCGACAACGACGGCGAGGACAAACUGAAGGGAGCGCUGGACGUGCGCGCCGCCAAGCGAGUGGUGGACAACGCCGACAAGGAGAACGGCAUCGACAUCGUCAUGCCCGAGAGGACGUACCACCUGGUGGCGGAGACGGCCGAGGACGCCAGCGAGUGGUUCAGCGUGCUGAGUCAGGUGCACAACUCCACGGAGCAGGAAAUCGGCGAGAUGCACGACGAGCAGGCCAACCCGCAGAACGCCGCGGGGACGCUGGACGUGGGCACCAUCGACUCGGUGUGCGCGUCGGACAAUCCGGAGAGGCCCGACUCCUUCGUCAUCAUCACGGCCAACCGGGUGCUGCACUGCGACGCCGACACGCCCGAGGAGAUGCACCACUGGAUCGCGCUGCUGCAGCGGUGCAAGGGCGACGCCCGCGUGGACGGCCAAGAGUUCAUCAUCCGAGGUUGGCUGCACAAGGAGGUGACGGACGGCGGCAAAACGGCGCCGCCGAAGCCGAAGCUGAAGCUGAAGAAGCGCUGGUUCCUGCUGACCCACAACUCGCUGGACUGCUACAAGAGCUCGGAGCGCGGCGCCGUCAAGAUGGGCACGCUGGUGCUCAACAGUCUGUGCUCCGUGACGCCGCCCGACGACAGGGUCUUCAGAGAGACGGGCUACUGGAACGUGACGGUGUACGGCCGCAAGCGCUCGUUCCGCCUCUACUGCAAACUCCUCAACGAGGCGGCCCGCUGGGCCUCCGCCGUCCAGAACGUCGUCCACGCCAAAGCGCCCGCGGACACGCCCACGCUGCGCCUGCUGCUGCGCAUCAAGGAGAACAGUCUGAACCCGGAGGUCGUGGAUCAGAUCUACGAGCGGAACCCCAUCCUGCGCUACAGCCGCCACCCGCUGCGCUCGCCGCUUCUGCCGCUGCCCUACGGCGACGCCCACCUCGCCGGGCAGAGGGGCGGGACGUCGGACGGCGGCGGCCUGCGGGAGGAGGCGCUGAAGGCCUUCGAGCGGCUGCUGCGGCUGGAGGGCGCGGCCGACCCGGCGCCCGUCAUCCAGGACGUCCUGAGGGCGGGGCAGGAGCUGCGAGCCCUCCGGGACGAGAUCUACUGCCAGCUGGUCAAGCAGACGACUCGGCCCGGUGGCCCGGGCGAGGCGGCCCGCUGGAGCGCGCUGGCGUGCGCCGCCUGCGCCUUCCUGCCCGCGAGGGGCGUCCUGGCGUACGUCAAGCUCCACCUCAAGAGGACCCGAGAGGCCUUCCCCGGCACGGAGACGGAGCGCUACGCCGCCUUCGCCCUGGACGCCUUGAAGAAGACCCGCAGGCGGGAGUACGUCCCGUCGCGAGAGGAAAUCCGGGCGGUGGCGGCUCGGCGGGAAAUGAGCGCCACGGUGCACUGCCACGGCGGAGGCCGCUGCCAGAUCACCUUCGACUCGCACACCACAGCCGGGGAGGUGGUGGAGAAGCUGCUGCGCGGUCUGGCCAUGGAGGACAGCAGGAACUCGUUCGCGCUGUUCGAGCGCAACGACGACGACGGCGCGGCGGUGGCGGAGGAGAAAGCCAUCGAGAGCCGCACCGUCGUCGCCGACGUGCUGGCCAAGUUUGAAAAGUUGUCUUCCAGUCCUGAAGGGGGCAGCGCGGGCUGGAAGUUCUACUUCAAACUUUACUGUUUCUUGGACGUGGACAACGUGCCCAAAGACGGCGUGGAGUUUGCCUUCAUGUUUGAACAGGCCCACGAAGCGGUGAUCCGCGGUCAGUAUCCGGCGCCGGAGGAGACUCUUCAGUUGCUGUCGGCGUUGCGGCUUCAGUACCUCCUGGGAGACCGAAGCCCGCGGGCCGCCGUGCCGGAAUUGUCGCAGGUGUUCCCCGCGGUCCGCCUGCGGGGGCGCGGCCGCCGCCCGGGGGCGCCGGAGCGCAAGCGUUCCGGCUUCCUGGAGGGAACGCUGAGGCGCAGUUUCCGCCGGGAGCCCGACGCCGCCCCGGAGGUCCCGACGACGGACGAGGAGGAGGCGGCGGCCGUCCGCGCCGGCGUGCUGGACAAGUGGAGCGAGCUGCGCGGCGUCGCGCCGGACCGGGCCAUGCAAGAGUACAUGGCGCGGGUCAGGGAGUGGCCCGGGUACGGCGCCACGCUCUUCAACGUGGAGUGCCGGGACGGAUCCUUCCCGUGCGAGUUGUGGCUGGGCGUGAGUCGACACGCCGUCUCCGUGUACAAGCGCGGCGAGCAGUGGCCUCUGGAGGUUUUCCCCUACGAGCGCGUCCGCUCCUUCGGCGCGCCGCUCGCCAACACCUACAAGAUCGUCGUGGACGGCCGUCAGCUCGUCUUCCAGACUCUCAUGGUGGCGGACAUCGCCAAGCUGAUGAAGGCCUACGUCAGCACGAUGGUGAAGAAGCGCUACAGCAACUGUCAGUCGCUCGGCAGCCACUGCGGCGCCCGGUGAGAGCUCGGAACACUUUUGGAACUUUCUCACCAGCGCUAAAAGCAGCUUUCCUUUGCGUGAGUGACUUUCAGAUGAAUGGACACCAAAAGAUGGAAAUAAGCUGUCGUGGUCUCCAACAUUUCAAGUUUGUUGAGCAAAAGAUGGGCCACCGGCAGCACCCCCGCGGUCCGUUUCAAGGUACAUUCCACUUUUAAGACGGCAACGACGUCAAAGCGCGAGGCACUCCGCGGCGGCGUGCUAACGCUAAAACUUUGACCGUCAAUCGGCAAAUCACAAUUUUCUUUAUUUGGAACUUUUUUCCUCAUAAGCGAGAUGCCAAUGAUUGCGUCUUUUUGAGAAGCAGACAACCUUUCAAAGUGUUUUUGAACGACGUCAAGACGUGAGCGCGUCGCCUCAGUUUGCCCGCUGUCAAAGGUCACCACGCGCAAGUUUUCUGAGUUUUUUUUUUUUUUGUUUUUCGUUCCGAGACUCCGCUGACACGUCAACCACCCAAAGACACUCGAGUGCCUUUUUUUGCGUAUGCAACGUAUAUUCUCGGCUGCGCGUGUUUUUUGAUUGCUUCAGCUUGACGGCCAAACGGGUCCCCCCGGCUGCUUUUGUUCUGGUUCUGCCCCCCCCCCCCCCCCCGGACCAUUUUGACAAUAAACAGCCAUCUUG